UUUUUUUCUUCUUUUACUCCUCAACACCCUUCCCUAGGGAUUAUAUACACCCUCCCCUCCCUCCUCAUAUACUGACCGACAUUGAAUUGUGUGCAGCCGAAAUUGAAGGAUUGAAAAAAGGGCAAAGUAUUAAAAGGACAGCGCCGGCAAAAUUUUUCGGCCUGCUGUGGGGGGAGGGGAGGGGGGGGGUUGUUGGUCUUCACGGGCAAAAAUGGUUUUGGUUAUUUAAAAGGGUAUUUUUGGGGGGUUUUUAGUUUGUUGAAUUUUAUUUAUUAUUGGUAUUUUGAUUAAUGAGACUGGGGUUAUACCCCGAAUCCUGAGGGCACGUUUUUCGGGAAGCGUUGGAGUAUGACUGACAAUAAAUUGUGAAUGUUAUUCUGUCAGUCAUCCUCCAACGCUCCCCGAAAAACUUGCCCUCAGGAUUCGGGGUACAACCCUAAAUAAGACAUUUGGUCCCACGUUCAAGAAAAAUUUUGGAAGAAAGAAAUUCUUUCCCUUAGUAAUUCAAGUUCUAAAUAUCCUCCAAAGUUUUCUAAAAAUCCCCUAAAGAUAUAAACCCCUCUAAAACCCUCUAAACCCCCCAUAAAAAAAUCUAAAACAAGAAGCGAGACAUUUGAUCCCAAAAUUUUUUUAAGUCUCAAAAAAUUUAAACUCUCAAAGAAUAUUUUUUAAUAUUAGAAAAAUUCCUCAAUAAUUCCAUCAAAAAAUUUUUCCUCCCUCAAAACCCCUCAAAGCCCCCAUAAAAAUCCAUUUUUUGGCAUUCAAAAUAUUUUUGGCAUUAUGUAUAUUUAUUUUUUAUUAAAAAAUCUUAGCUGUUUCCUCCAAAUCAUCUUUUUUCUUUUAUUUUUUUUAUUUUCUCACUUUCCAGUCAUCCUCUUCUUUUCUUUUCUUCAAAAGCUUCUUCCACCCUUCCCCUCUUUUAUUUUUAACUAAAUCGCCAAUUCCCGCCCCUUUUCCCCUUUUUAUUUAUUUUUAUGAAUUGACCCUCCCCCCUCCCCUCCCUUUUUUUUCUUCUUUUAUUUUUCCUCAGUCAGUCCAACGGUUCUCUUCCCUCAUUUAACCCUUUAAAACCUCCAAAAAUGUCGCCAAGUCCUUUACCCUUUCCUCAAAAAUUUUUUCCCUCCAAAGACAAUUCGUCCCACCUCUAAAAAUAAUAAACCAGGCUGGCGCCCUCCCUUCAUUUUUAAAAAUAUUUAUUAGCUUUAAAAGUCUGUUGACACCUUUCUUUUAAUAUUUCCUUCUCUUGUACUAGUUGAAAAUAGAGAUUUAUUUUUUUUAUUUUUCUGUGAUUUGUGUGGGAUGUCUUUGGAAUUUUUUUUAAAUUUUAAUUCCUUGAUUUUUAAAUAUGUGCUUCUUUCCUCCCUGUUCAUCCCAUCUUCACUUUCAUCUUCCUUCUCUUCUUCACCUUAUUCUGCAUAUUUUGUCUUCUCCUUCCUUCCCCUUCCCUUUUCUUCUUCACCUUCCAUCUCUUCAUCCUCUUUUAUUCAUCCUCACUUUCCUUUUCUUCUUCCUUUUCUUAUUCGUAUUCUCCAUUCUCUUCUUCAUCUUCUCCUUUCUUCUCUUCAUUUUCUUCCUUCUUUUCCUCGUCCUCUUCCUCCUAUCCUUCCCUCUUCUUCAUCCUCUUAUCUUUUAGUCAUCAUCAGCUUCCUUUCCUCUUCCUUCUCUUCUUCAUCCUCUUUUCUUCUCUUCCUCUUCCUUUUCUUCUCCUCCUUCUAUCUUCCUUUUUCUUCCACACAUACCUGUCAGUUUUCACACUCAUUUUUUAGGAACUGA